AUGGCAGAUGGAGUCAAUGGCUCAGCUAAUGAGGAGGUAGAGUCCACGGAGAUCUUGUGCACAACGCUGGAUCCUGAUGUGGUUCAGGCAUAUGUUUCUCCAUCCAUAGGCGGAUUCCUUUUCAAGCAGUGGAAAGAAAGAUAUCUCCAACUUACACAGGAAGGUAGCCUCCUCGUGUUCCGGGAUGCCGAUUCCUCAGCUGACCUGGAGAUCCCAUUACUGUCUCGAUGCCAAGCAAUAUUAGAGGGCAUUGAGCUGGGUGAAAUGCCCAAGCUGCCAGCUGGCACACAGAAGAGCAGCUGUUUAGGAUUGUCUCUGAGCGAUGGUAGAACACUACUGCUCCUGGCUCCGGAUUCACAGGAAUGCAGCAAAUGGAUAAAUAUCUUACGGAAAGUGAAAGAGAGUCUGUACCAGCCUCCACUCUCUCCAACCAGCUGCAUGCUCCACCAUAAAUCGCCCAUCCGAAGAUGCUGUUUUAGUGAUGUUUCCAGCCAAAGUAAGGAUAAAACUCAAGAGAAGGAAGGUAGAGCAGCUCACUGUAAAGAGAAGUGCCCCCCUCACUGCCUCCGCCAUGGCUCCCAGCUGCAUUGGGGUGUGAAGACGGCAUGUGUGCUUAUGGGUGGAGCUGCAGCUGGACCAACCCUGGGAAACAUGGUCACCUCAAGUCAUGGGGCCCGUGUUGUUGAACCUGCUUCUCCGGAUUUUCGGGAGUUAGGGUAUCACCCCUCAGCAGAUGCAGAGGGUGGCCAGUUUGAUGUGGAUUUUGAGGGUAUGGACCAGGAUUACAAUGCUUUUGAUUUCGGUGGAUUUGCCUUUUAAAAGAUUUCUGUUUGUAACCCCCAAAGUAAGACUACAUUGUUCUUCUUGGAACCUGAUAUUGGUCAAAUGACAGUGGGAAAAUUGCUUCACAUCCCUGGAAAAUGUGUAUUUUUUUUUUAACAGAGGUAAACAUUUGUUCUAGACCAUAAGAACUUACGUUGGUGGAGUAAUUAUUGUUUUUUUUUAAUGUGAAGCAAAUCUUUCAAGAUUCAAUCAACCUAAAAGAUAUCCCUAACUCUAAAACACCUUCCAUCUACCUGAACUCCUAACACCUAUUUGAAUCACUAAAAUAAUUUAACUUCAAUCCUAAUGGUUAAAGGGGUUGUAAAGGUUCGUUUUUUUAUUUUCUAAAUAUGUUCCUUUAAGCUA